AUGUACGGAAGCCGUAAGCGCACUACUGUAUCGCGCGAUGCAACGGCGCUUCCAACUCCAGCGCAUUCGCGACGCAUCUCGUGCAGAAAUGUAGGGACGCGGGGGGAGACGGGGGAGGGGGCACAAGACGUCGCGCGCCGCCCGACCAUAUCGAUUUUGUCCCAUCCCCCUCUCCCCCCCAACCCCGCACCGCACCACCGACAGAGCCCCGCUCUCAGCAUCCGACCUCGAGAGCUCUCCUCUCGCGCCUACGGACACCACCGACAGAAACUACGCCUUAACGGCAUGACGCCACAGCUCAAAAUGGCGAUCCGCUACGCGCCCGCCACGCCACCCCGCCGAUCCCUAAUCGACCCUCCGGCCGAAAGUCACUCGGUCGAGAUUGCAACGACCCGCCGACGGCCGCCCCUACGCGGCGCGCCGGUGGAAAAAAUAAGCUUUUUGUUACAAUUAAAAUGG